CAUGGGUAGGAGGAGGGUACAUAAAUGGUACGGCAGAGUAUGUUUAUACACAAGGCUAUGGGUUGCUAUGGACACAGGCUCCAUGGGGCUAUGCUGCAAGUUUAGUUCUUGGUGGUCUUUUGUUUGCAAAGCAGAUGAGAUCUCAAGGCUACGUAACCAUGCUGGAUCCGUUCCAGCUGAAAUAUGGCUCCCGUAUGGGAGGACUUCUCUUCCUGCCAGCCCUCAUGGGUGAACUAUGCUGGUCCGCUGCCAUCCUUUCUGCUCUCGGUGCCACAAUUAGCGUCAUCUUGGAGCUAAACAUCGAGGUAUCGGUCACCAUCUCGGCGUGUAUCGCGGCGUUCUACACAUUCUUCGGUGGACUUUACUCAGUAGCUUAUACAGAUGUUAUACAGCUCAUCUGCAUCUUCUUUGGUUUGUGGCUAUGUAUCCCAUUCGCCAUGACUAACGAUGCCGUCCGGCCAAUCACCAACACUUCCAGCGAGUGGCUCGGUCAGUGGGACAACAAGUAUGCUGGCGUCUGGUUUGACUAUGCACUUCUACUGAUGUUUGGAGGUAUCCCGUGGCAGGUGUAUUUCCAGCGUGUCCUAUCAUCCAAGAGUGCAGAGAGGGCCCAAGCACUCUCCUACAUUGCUGCUUUUGGCUGCAUCAUCAUGGCAGUCCCACCUAUUCUCAUUGGCGCAAUCGGUUACAGCGCAGAUUGGUCACAAACUAGGAUAAACCUCAACAAAACGAGACCUGAGGAGAACCAAGCGUUGAUUCUACCUCUUGUGAUCCAGUACCUGACACCUCCUUGGGUCUCCUUCGUCGGUCUUGGUGCCGUGUCCGCUGCAGUCAUGUCCUCCGCAGACUCCUCCAUUUUGUCCGCCAGCUCCAUGUUUGUCAGAAAUGUGUACAAACUGGUGUUUAGGCAAGGGGCAACAGAACGUGAACUUCUCUGGGUUCUGAGGAUAUCUAUCAUCGUAGUAACCGCUCUUGCUCUUGUCAUGGGAUUGACCAUCAAGUCAGUAUAUGCCCUCUGGUUCCUGUGCUCAGACUUUGUCUAUGUGAUUCUCUUCCCUCAACUCUUUUGCGUGGUCUACUUCAGCAAAGUCAACACCUACGGUUCUCUGUCUGCGUACGCCGUAGCCCUGUUGCUAAGGUUAGGGGGUGGUGACACCACCCUCAAAAUAGCUCCUUUCAUCAAAUAUCCUCUAUACGACAGCGAGGAAGGGCAGUUGUUCCCAUUCCGCACAUUUGCAAUGUCCAUGUCCUUUUUAACAUUAAUUAUCGUGUCCUACUUAACACACUAUCUAUUCACCACGGGCAAACUUGGGAAGCACCUCGAUGUCUUUCAGUGCGUCGUCAACAUUCCGGAGCUCCACCGCGAGAAGUACGACGCGGUGGACGGCGAGAACCUGCAGCUUAAGACGAUAAAAACGGACGGCCCCGUGGACGGGGUGCAGCCCGGUGCCGUCGACAUCCUCCAACGAGACAAACUCCUUGAUCUUGGCCGUAGUAUCAUUCCAGAAUCAAUAUCCAAAGAGCCUCUUAAGGAUGCCCUUGAUGAGUCACCAGUGACGACGCCGGAUUCACCGGAAUAACACCAGCAGUCCUAGGUUGUAGUCUAUUGAAUUGCAGAUAAAUUGUACUAUGUGUGUUUGUGUGAGAAUUAGAGAACUUGAGAGGUGACAUAGGAGAGCGUGUGUGUUUGCGUGUGAGAGAGAGAGAGCAUGAGAGUUCUUAUUGAUAUAUAUAUAAAAUUCACAAAGAUGAAUCAGUAACAUUUUUUAAGGUUAAGCAUUGGUACUUUCAAUAAGGCUUUUUCGUAUUACAAGUUACAAACUUGAAGCAAUGCAAAUAAUAUUGAUCCUGUUGUUUAGGGUACAUUGUCUUCCCUAUACAUGUAUAUAAAAAGAACCAUCUUUAUAUUUGAUUUCAACAAAAGUCAUCAAAAUCUGAACUAAUCUCCUUUAAUCUGGCUUUGGUUAUUAAGGAAUUCAGUCCAAGUCACAAUUAGAGUCCCCAGGAGCAGAAUAUAUUUUUUGUGUCUUUAUCUCACUUUUAUGAAUUAGCUCUUUUUAUUAAACAUUUAUGUUUAGGAAUCGAUUCAAAAUGUGCUUGGCAGUCAUCGAUAAACUUUGCACCCCUUGCAAGCAUAGGAAAUGCAUGUAUUCAUCGGCCAUUAUUCUGAAGUCGGGUUUUAUUUUUAACUCUGGUUUAAAGUUGCGGUUUAACUAUGGAUAGCCAACAGUGACAUAAAUCUCUAACAGUAGAGGUUUAUAACAUCAGCUCAUUUGACUAUCUAAUCAUUCUUAACUGUCUGGGAAGGAUAAAUGAAAUAAUUGUCUUCACUAUUAAAGAAUUUGGAAAGAGCACAGUAAACAUGAGAAACAUACCAUGUGAACAAAUUUUGACAUAUUUGGCUUUCCAUAAUUUUAGCACAGAGUUAGACCACAGUCUAAGUUAAACCCGAGUUCAGAAUGCAGACCAUUUACUAUUAAAUUACUUCAGAAAUCCAACAUGCAGAAUACAAGCUAAAGUGCUUUACAUGUCUGACAUGGACCACUACAUGAUUAUUCACUAACAACUGAAAUCUUUUUUAAAGGACAAGUCCACCCCAACAAAAAGUUGAUUUGAAUAAAAAGAGAAAAAUUCAACAAGCAUAACACUGAAAAUUUCAUCAAAAUCGGAUGUAGAAUAAGAAAGUUAAGACAUUUUAAAGUUUCGCUUCAUUUCACAAAACAGUUAUAUGCACAUCUUGGUCGGUAUGCAAAUGAGGGAACUGAUGACAUCACUCACUCACUAUUUCUUUUGUAUUUUAUUAUAUGAAAUAUGAAAUAUUUUGAUUUUCUCGUCAUUGUCAUGUGAAAUGAAGUUUCAUUCCUUCCUGAACACGUGGAAUUCCACUAUUUUAACAUUUUGUGCUUCAGGCAAGGAGGUCCUAAUCGUCAAAUUCGUAAAAAUUGAAAUAUUGUAUAAUUCAAACAAUAAAAAACAAAAGAAAUAGUGAGUGAGUGACAUCAUCGACUCCCUCAUUUGGAUGUAACUGGCUCGUUCAUAUAACUAUUUUGUUAAAAAUAAGCGAAACUUUGAAAUGUCAUAACUUUCUUAUUUUACAUACGAUUUUGAUGAAAUUUUCAGCAUUGUGCUCGUCGGAUUUUUCUCUAUUGAUUCAAAUCAACAUUUUUCUGAGGUGGACUUGACCUUUAAGAAGCUCAAGGCC